AAGGAGACUGCAAGUGUCCCAACACUUACAAUAAAACCUUGCUUGUGAAAGAGAACUACAAGGUGACUGGAGCAGGACACACACAAUGUCCCAGCCGCUUUGGAAGUAACAGCCUGUUUAAUCUUCUCAAUCCUGACUGAAAUAUCAUCUUGCGAUUUAAAGUAGCCUAACUUCGGGGCUUCAUCUGGACAUUUGUGCAGUUGAGAAUAGUUUUGAGCACCCGCAUCAUGGAGUACACUUCUUCCCCAAAACCACAGCUCUCUUCCAGGGCGAACGCUUUCUCCAUAGCCGCACUCAUGUCAAGUGGGAAAUCGAAGGACAAGGAGUCGGAGGAGAACACCAUCAAGCCGCUGGAACAAUUCGUGGAAAAGUCGUCGUGCCACCCAAACCUCGGCGACCUGCCCUCGCUGGAACCCCACGGGGACUUCAGUAGCGGCAGCGGCACCGGAGCUCCGUUAUGUACCGAGCCGCUCAUCCCGACGACCCCCGGCGUGCCCAGCGAGGAGAUGGCAAAGAUCUCCUGCAGCCUCGAGACUAAAGAACUGUGGGACAAAUUCCACGACCUCGGCACGGAAAUGAUUAUCACAAAAUCUGGAAGGAGAAUGUUUCCGACAAUUCGCGUGUCAUUUUCCGGAGUUGAUCCGGACGCCAAAUAUAUCGUUCUUAUGGACAUCGUUCCAGUGGACAAUAAAAGAUAUCGAUAUGCCUACCACAGAUCCUCAUGGCUUGUGGCUGGAAAGGCAGAUCCACCGUUACCUGCAAGGUUGUACGUGCAUCCAGAUUCGCCUUUUACAGGAGAACAGCUAUUGAAACAGAUGGUUUCCUUCGAAAAAGUGAAGCUUACAAAUAACGAACUGGACCAACACGGACACAUCAUCUUAAACUCCAUGCACAAGUACCAACCCCGAGUUCAUAUCAUCAAGAAGAAAGAUCACACCGCGUCACUUCUUAACCUAAAGUCUGAGGAGUUUCGAACAUUCGUCUUCACUGAAACAGUUUUCACUGCAGUCACUGCUUACCAGAACCAGCUGAUAACCAAACUGAAGAUUGACAGCAACCCCUUUGCCAAAGGCUUCAGAGACUCAUCCAGACUCACGGAUAUGGAGAGUAGGGAAAGUGUUGAGAGCUUGAUCCACAAGCACUCUUACGCCCGGUCGCCCAUUCGGACUUACGCCGGUGAUGAGGACACAUUGGGGGAAGAUGGACACUCGGCACACAGUAGAAAUUCGGCGUUCACUGCAUCGGACAACCUCUCCCUCAGCUCUUGGGUCACCACCACAUCUGGUUUCUCAGGCUUUCAGCACCCUCAGUCUCUGUCUGCCCUUGGAACCAGCACGGCGUCCCUGGCCAGUCCUCUUCCUCACCACAUCCAGGGUUCUCUACCCCCUUACAGUCGACUGGGCAUGCCUCUCACCCCGUCCGCCCUGGCUGGCUCCAUGCAGGGCAGCGGGCCUACCUUCCCCUCCUUCCACAUGCCACGCUACCACCACUAUUUCCAGCAAGGGCCCUACGCCGCCAUCCAGGGACUGCGGCAUUCUUCCACAGUCAUGACACCGUUCGUAUGAUUCCUGCCCCCUUCAGCCUGAUAAGAUUUCCCUAUCGCCAGCAUGCGAAGACAUACGGCACCCUUACACACACGCAAAACACACACGCUUACACGCGAGGAAGAACCACAUGUAAAUAACAUUGACUGACAGGGCAUUACCAAACGACCCGGACGUCCUGCAUGCUGCAGUUACGCUGGAGAAAAAGUGAACGAAUGUGCCCGACGGACACGGAUUCUUAGAACUCGGAGGUUUCAGCGUUGCUCUGCAGACGUGUUUAUGCUACCUGUAACGAUUCAUCUCACGCCUUUAUCGCCGCUCAGAGCCAAAUGAGGGAGAACGCAACUCGCUGAAUGUUACACUGGACAACUGCUGUUUCUCAUUCCACAUGAUCCAUCACCUCUUAAUGAUAUGAUAUGAUAUCCAUGGAGCUGCCAACCACUCAGCCCUCCUGUUCAAAUGGUCGACACUAAAGGGGGCUGUGCUUUCUGAAAACAGCAAUACUGGAUGGAAACAUUGUUAUGUGGACUCAAAAAUGUUGGACAUUUUAUCUUUCUGGCCAGAUAAGUAUCUUCUUUAAAAACUUAAAGGCAUUUAAUUGUAUUUUAUAUUUAAGUUGCUAUUCUGUUCUCAGUGAGAAAAAAACAACAACUAUAAAUUAACAUAAUUCUGUUAAAAUGAGGGUGAACUGCAACUGAUAUGAACCACUGUGAGGCGACAAGUCGCAACCAAGAAAUCCAGAGGAAAAUGCACAUAUUUCUGUUUUGGAAAUGGUUGAUAGAAGAGCGAAUACUGAUCUUCAGCCACUCAAGGCUGCUUGCCGACAGCCAGCUUGCAGGAAGUCUACACCUGUAAAUAAUGGGCUAAUUUUUAAAUAAUAGGCUCGUCUUCUCCAGGGGAAUGAGGGAAAUUGGGUGAUUUGUGGCUGGAGUGGUCCUAUUUGUACAGUAACAUCGACAACAAUUCAUCAACAUCCUGUAACCAAAUCACUGAGGAACAGCACUAGCCGUAAUAGCCAGAUGAAGAGGAACUGGUGUGUGUGUGUGUGUGUGUGUGUGUGUGUGUGUGUGUGUGAGAGAGAGAGGAAGUUAAUGAUGAUGGCACUGUCUUUUAUUUAUCCUUCAAAUUUGACCAAAUCAGGACAGACGAGCAUAAAUAUCCAAACAGAGCCACACAAUGCAAAUAACGAGUUAAAUUCUGUGCGUUUUAGGGUUCAGGGUGUUUUAUUCAAAUUCAAUGUGAAAUUCAAGGUAAAGCACCAUUUUCAAGCCCUUUGAUUUGUUGACUGUACAAACAGUUAUGUAGUUACAAUAUAUUAGCAAGUGUUUUCUCUCUUUUUUUUCCUUUUUUUGUUUGUGUGUAUUUUUAAGUCAGAUGUAUCCUACUCAUAAGAAGACGUCUGACAAUUUUUUGUUUUGGUGCCUUUUUUUAAGUGCAAUAUAUUUAUUUCAGCUAUGAAAAAGAUAUGGCUAAUGUAAUAUUUGAAGCAAUGAUAGAUGUUAUUUGUAAACAAAAAGAAAUAUAUAUCAUCCCAAAAAUAA